AUGAAAGAAAUGAUCAUGAACCAGGAAAAACUGGCCAAGCUGCAGGCACAAGUGCGCAUUGGUGGGAAAGGAACUGCUCGCAGAAAGAAGAAGGUGGUUCACAGAACAGCCACAGCAGAUGAUAAAAAACUGCAGUUCUCCUUAAAGAAGCUCUCUGGUAUUGAAGAGGUGAACAUGUUCACAAACCAAGGAACAGUGAUCCAUUUUAACAACCCUAAAGUUCAGGCGUCUCUGGUAGCAAACACCUUCACCGUUACAGGCCACGCCGAGACAAAGCAACUGACAGAAAUGCUUCCCAGCAUUCUAAACCAGCUUGGGGCAGACAGUCUGACUAGUUUAAGGAGACUGGCUGAAGCUCUGCCCAAACAAUCUGUGGAUGGAAAAGCACCCCUUGCUACUGGAGAGGAUGAUGAUGAUGAAGUCCCAGAUCUGGUGGAAAAUUUUGAAGAGGCUUCUAAGAAUGAGGCAAACUGUACGGAGGCGUCUUCUGAAGAACUGACACUUGCAGAAGUUACAGGAGCUGCUAUUUUAUAUCAUGGCUGCUUUUAA